AUGGCAUUUUCCCAGUACAGAAAAUUUGUGCGGCUGCUAGAAAUGUGGCCAGUUGACAAUAGCAAGUUUAGCCGUGACCUUGGACAGCAUAUUCGCAACAAAGUCGCAGAAACAUUUCGUGAAGGUGAAACGACGAAAAUCGCCAACGCCGUAGAGUGCGACAAAUAUUACGACGCGUUAAUGACUCUUGCACUCAACAAACACAAAGACAAAUACCAAGUUAAGUUUCAGGAAGGAACAGCGUCUACCGGAUUAACCCUAGAGGAAUGUCACUUGUUGAUGGCAACUGAGAGCUUACAGAUAAUUGACAAGGAAAACAGAAGAUGGUGGCAGGCACAGCAGAAAUCUGAGCAGAAGAAAAAGAAGACUGGGAAAUAG